GCAUGACUUCUUUUUAAUUCUGGCAGAGAUUCCGGCCAGCUGAAGAAGGCACAGCACAGAAGAUGAAGCCGAGCGGUCGGUGCUGGAAAUCAUGCUCCCUACUAACCCAGCAAUACUUCUUGUUGUUAUGGAAGAACUUUAUUCUUCAAUUUCGGCGUCCCAUUGGCACAGUAUUUGAGAUUGUUUUGCCAUUGCUAGCAGUUAUAUUCCUCGUGGGACUAAGGCUGGGCUUGUUUAAAGGUGACGAUAUAUGCUUCAGAACAUUUGAUACAACAAGACUCACAGACAAUGACCAGAAUGACUAUUAUCGUAAUAAAAUAUAUUAUGCUCCCAAUUCAAGCGAAGCAAAUGAGUUGGCUCAGGUUUUUUUUGCUCCAAUGAUUGGGAAGACAUCAAAUGAAGUCGUUGGGUUUCCUACAGAAGACGAUUUCAUUAGGUCCAUUAAAAAUGAGUCAGAAGGGUAUGGGUGCUUUAGUCGUAUUAUAGGCAUAUACUUUGAGAGUCUUUCUAAUGAUACCAAGUAUAGUAUAAGAUUUCCGAAUUGUAAUGAUGAAUGGAACACUAAUUCUGUUAGUAAUCAGUUUGACACUGGAGGCGGAGCUAUUACUGACAAUUAUUAUUUAAUUACUGGAUUCAUGCAAGUAGAGAAGGUAAUGAAUGAAGCUAUUGUGAAAUGGAAAACAGGAGAAUAUGUCGAUGACACUUAUGACACUGUGAACAUUAGGCAAUUUCCUUAUCCGCAAUAUCGUCAGGAUUUUUUCCUUGAUUUUGUCAAUGUUGUCCUUCCUCUCUUUAUGAUACUAACAUUCCUCUAUUCUGCCGGAGUAUUUGUCAAGGAGCUGGUGCUAGAAAAGGAGUCGCGUAUCAGAGAAACAAUGAAAAUGAUGGGAUUGAGUAACUGGAUAUUGUGGACCACUUGGUUCACUAAACAAUUACUAUUCUACUUCGUGCCACUUGUCAUCAUGACUAUACUGCUAAAGUAUGGACGGAUUUUUGCAAUGAGUAAUGUCUUUCUCAUUUUCUUGUUUCUGUUCUUUUUUCUGGUCUCUGGGAUCGCUUUCUGUUUCUUUGUCAGUGUUUGGUUCAAUUCUGCCAGGAUUGGCUUAUUAGCUGGUUUUAUUCUCUGGUUUGUCUCUUUCUUUCCAUAUCUUAUCCUGGGCCCACUCUAUUCAACUUUAAACUUUGGAACAAAAAUUGGAACAUGCUUUCUUUCUAACACUUGUGUUGGUUAUGGAGUGUAUGUUCUCACUACUCUUGAGGUUCGUCUCGAAGGAUUAUCAUUUGAAAACUUUGCACGUCCACUCUCCAUCGUUGACAGCUUUAACAUGGGCUGGGUUAUAUUCAUGAUGAUCGUUGAUACAGUAUUGUACAUGGUAUUGUAUUGGUAUAUUGAUGCUGUUAAGCCUGGGAGAUAUGGUGUUCCAAAGCCCCUUUACUUCCCAUUUCUUCCUUCAUACUGGUGUGGCUACAGGAGAUCAAAGCCUCUAUCUGAAGAAGAGUUGGCAGCUUUGUCUCAAGCUACUGAUGACCCAACAGCUCAUGAAGAGGAACCAGUUGACCUUCCUGUUGGCAUCAGUAUUGAUAAACUAACUAAAGUGUUUGAUAGAAUGAGUCUAAAGAAGAGAAAACUAGCAGUGGAUCACUUAACAUUAAAGAUGUUUAAAGGUCAAAUAACUGCUCUACUGGGUCACAAUGGAGCUGGAAAAACAACCACGAUGUCAAUACUAACAGGAUUAUAUCCUCCUACUGAAGGAAGAGCGGCUAUCAAUGGACUUGAUGUGGUUAACGAUAUUGACUUGAUUCGAUACAAUUUGGGUAUUUGCCCACAGCACAACGUUCUGUUUGACAGACUGACUGUGUCUGAACAUUUGAGCUUUUUUGCUAGACUCAAGGGUUGUCCUGGUCACAGAGUAAAACAAGAAGUACCUGCCAUGAUAGCAGACUUGAAUUUAGUCGACAAGACAAAGACGCAGUCAAAGAAACUCUCCGGUGGCAUGAAAAGAAAGCUAAGUGUUGGUAUAGCCCUGGUGGGCGGAUCAGAAGUGGUCAUACUGGACGAGCCUACUAGCGGUAUGGAUCCUUAUGCUAGAAGGGCUACCUGGGACCUACUGAUUAGACACAAGGAAGGAAGAACUAUUCUAUUGACAACUCAUUUCAUGGAUGAAGCUGAUUUGUUAGGUGAUCGUAUUGCUAUAAUGGCUGAAGGGAAGCUGAAAUGUAGUGGAUCUUCAUUAUUUUUAAAGACAAGGUAUGGUGUAGGAUAUCACCUUACAGUUGUGAAGGAUCCUAGUUGCAAUGUUGAUAAUGUUGUGUCACUAGUAGAGAGAAUGGUGACUGGAGCUGCCGUCAGCACUAACAUUGGGUCUGAACUCUCUUUCACUCUACCUUCGCAAUCAUCUCAUCUUUUUGCUCAACUCUUUGACAGCUUUGAGAAUCAAAAGGAUGCCCUUGGGAUCAGCAGUUUUGGUGUAUCAUUGACUACAAUGGAGGAAGUAUUCAUGAGGGUGUCAACUGGCUAUGAUAACACAUUACUAAACUCAAAGGCUCAGUCUGUUCCCAGCGGUCCAGUAGGAGCAGCAAUACCGCCAAAAAGUGAUGCUGAAGAUGAGACUGACCUAUCAGUGAAUCUGAAUGAAGAAGAGGGAGUAGCUGUUAAAAAUCCAAGAACCAGAAAGCAAAGUGGAAGGAGAUACAGCACAUUAGCUGAGGCUGAUGAAGAAGGAUAUGGUACAAUGAUGUCUCAAUCAAACUCAGUCCUUAAUACUGGCCUUUUACUCUGGGUCCAACAAUUUGCUGCAAUGUUCCUCAAGCGUUUCUAUCAUUCCAUUCGCUUCUGGCAGGCUGUCAUCUGGCAGCUGGUGAUACCGUUGAUAUUUGUUCUAUUUGGACUUAUUGUUGCCAAAGUCGUGCCUAAAGUUGCUACCAGAGCGACCUCACCCAGCAGAGUGUUGAGCAUUGAUAACUCAGCUCCUUCGAACAACGUGUCGCUGUUUUGGGCUUCUUUUGAUCCAUCACUUUCAUUUACAGAUAGUGAGGUGGCAUUUUUAGGAAGCACAAACUUUUUUGAUUUCACCGACUCAGUAUCAUCAAUUAAUGAUAGUGUUGAAACAAUAAGUGAUACCUCAUCCUGCUGUCAGUACAAGUAUCAAAUACUUGACAAAUAUUGUGCCUCAAGGAGUACAAGUGAUCUUCGUUCUACUUGUGGAAAUUCUGAUAAUUUUGGCUAUAAACCUUGUCUGAAUUGUUUAGGUUGUUGCUAUGGCAUAUCUGAUUACUACUAUUGCGAUAAUUAUGGUACUGCCAUUUCCGGUUGUCCUCUGAAUCCGUCAAUAUCCGUUAAUGAUCAUGAUGAUUUGUCAGGUCCUGUUGAUAGUGUGAAUGUAUUUGUGGCUGAGAAGUUACUUCAAUUAUCAGAAGAAGUGAAACUAUACAACUUUUUCUUAAUAUAUCAGGCUGGGUAUGUAGUCCAUGCACCUGAACCAGUCUAUUCUACUUGUGGUAAUUUUGAUAACGAAGACAAUACUUGUGCUUAUUUGAAUUAUGCACUAAAAGAGGAAAACUCUUGUUCUUCAGAUGAUCCUAAUUUAAACUGCUUCCAGCUAGACAACUCUUAUUGGAAUUAUAGUUAUUCGAGUAGCAAAGAUAGCUGUCAGUCUGAAUCUUGCUCACUUUCAUCAUCAUCAAUAUGUAGCUGUAGUAGUACUCAGGAUAAUACCUGCCAAAUGAGCAGGAUAAGUCAGCCCUCACCUCCUGACACCAAACCAACUGUCACCAUCUGGUAUAAUAAUCAGGCUUAUCACAUGGCAGCUGCAGCAUUGAAUGGAUUCUAUAAUCUUUACCUGAAGUCAAAGAAUAGUGGUGUCUCCAUCACAGUGACCAACGAUCCACUCCCUAAAGAUUUGAAUGAUGACGAUGAUUUUGUUAAUACUGCUGAUUUUGGAUUUGGACUCAUGAUCAGUAUUUUGUCAAUGUUUGGACUUAGCUUCUUAUACUCCAGUUUUAUUGUUUUCCCAAUACAAGAAAAGCAAUCUAAGGCUAAGCAUCUCCAGUUUGUUAGUGGUGUUAAUGCUAGCUCUUACUGGCUAGGCACGUAUGUCUGGGACCUCAUUAAUGCUUACAUACCAGCAAUAAUUAUCAUAAUACUCUUUGCUGCUUUUAAUGUUGAAGGAUUCGAGAAAGAGAACCUUGCUGCUGUAUUUGGACUAGUUAUGCUCUCAUGUUGGGCCUGCAUUCCAGUGAACUAUUCAUUUUCUUUUAUAUUUUCCAAUCCACUGGUUGGCUUCUGUAUAAUGCUCUGCUUGUAUUUCUUCCUUCCAUUGAUAUUUCAAAUUACUGUUCUUGCUUUAACAUUCUCUUAUCCAAAAACGGCAAAAGUAUUGAACUAUAUUUUCCUCGUGCAUCCUGGUUUUUCUUUAAUGAGUGGGCUGAACCUUGCUUAUAAUAACCAGUUGAAUAAGUAUAAUUGUGAAAAAGAUGAGUAUUGCGAUAGCUAUAUUAAGGACAUAUUCCAGUUCUCUUAUCCUGGCAUUGGUCAUAUAUUCCUGUACAUGAUUAUUGAAGGAAUCAUCUUCCUAGUACUCUCAGUAUUAAUAGAAAGACACUUUUUCAUUCCUGAUUUAAAGCAAAUGCUGGGUCAUAAAAGCACCUCAUCCUCACUUCCUCUUCCCAAUGAAGACAAUGAUGUUGCUGAAGAAAGGAGGAGGAUUAAUGACUCUGAGUAUUCAGCCGAGGGAGAGGCUGUUAUAAUCAAGAACCUUGUCAAAGUAUAUAAAGAUAUUCCAGCUACAAUAUGUCCAUGUACUCCCAGUUGUCAGCAUGGUUGUAAGUUAGCUGUAUCUGAUGUGAAUCUCAUCAUACCCACUGGUGAAUGCUUUGGACUAUUGGGAGUCAAUGGGGCAGGAAAAACCACCACAUUUAAGAUACUGACUGGUGAUAUUACUCCUACCAGUGGUACUGCUGUGUUGAGCGGCUAUGACAUCAGUACUCAGUUGCACUCAGUCCAGCAGAGAAUUGGAUACUGUCCUCAAUUUGAUGCGUUGAUUGAAAGACUCACUGGACGUGAGUUUCUGACAAUGUUUGCUAGAUUGCGUGGGAUUCGUGAAAAAGCCAUAAAAGGAGUUGUACAGUCUGUCAUUGAUCGAUUGGAUUUGUCUAAAUAUGCUGAUAAGAGAUGUGGAACUUACAGUGGUGGUAACAAGAGGAAGUUGAGUACAGCAGUUGCUCUUGUUGGUGAUCCUCCCAUUGUGUUACUGGAUGAACCUACCACUGGAAUGGAUCCUGCCACCAGGCGCUACCUUUGGAAUGUACUCAUUGAAGUUAUUAGGAAUGGAAGGAGUGUUAUAUUGACUUCUCAUAGUAUGGAGGAGUGUGAGGCUUUGUGUACACGUUUAGCAAUAAUGGUGAAUGGAAGGUUCAAGUGUCUUGGAAGCAUACAACAUCUUAAGAGCAAGUUUGGACAUGGUUAUACAUUGCAGAUUAAAGUGCGUCCAUUGCCACCACAAGAAGGAGGAGGACCUGGUGUAAGGCCUGGGGCUAGUCCUUAUGACACUGGACAAAUACAACACUUUGUUGGAAGCGUGUUUCCAGGAUCACUACUCCUAGAACAACAUCAGGGUUCAGUUACCUAUCAAGUACCAUCUGAGGGUAUAACUUGGUCUAGGAUAUUCAGUACUGUUGAGCAUUAUAAGGAGAGUCUUAAUAUUGCUGAUUAUAGUGUGUGUCAGACCACACUGGAACAAGUUUUUAUUAAUUUUGCUCAAGAGCAGUAUGUUGAAGAUUAACUAUUGCAUAUAUUAACUAGUGUGUCUACAUUAACCUGCUGUGUAUUCGUAUACAUGAUGUACAUGUAGUUAGUUACUUUAAUUGCUGUUUCACUUUUAUUUGAUGUUUUGCUUGAUUAGAUGCA